GUAAAUGUCACGUUCUCGCAUGAUCUGUAUAUGGUAUUCAAUUGCAUACCGUUACCGCUCCUCCACUUGCCUCAAACUUCUUAGCCCGGACCUGAGUUACUGUUUACGCUCAACAGGCGUAUCGCAGUCUUUCCUGUGUAUUUCGACAAAUAACUCGUGAAUGUUUUGUAGUUUAUAGUAGUUUAUUUAUGUGUUCGAAGGCCCUGUUUAAUGAUUUUUCUGAAAUCGAUCUAAAUGGCAGCAUAUCCCAGAAAUGGAAGAGGCUCCGGAAAUGCUGCGCGUCUCUCAGGGGCAGCAACGUAUACAAUUCGGAAACAUCUAAAAGUACUCUACUGGAACCGACCACUCCACACAUUCUAGUCAGUACACCCCACACCACAUCGUCUCUACGUAUACCCAGCAACACGAAAAAAAGCAGCGUCCAAGAUGUCCUAAGAGCCAAGCUCAAUCAAAUACACAUAGGUUUAAGAAGACGCCGGGCUCUGUCCGUCCAAGAGUUCUUCCACAACCCGAACCAGGAGAAACCUCCGACGUUCUACGUCCCGUCGCCGGCGGAGGAGCCGCCGAAGGCGCCGUCCCGGCGGCCGCGGUCGCGCCAGAGGGCCAUCAACUCGCUGACGUUCACGCCGUCGAGCAGCAAGGAGUUCCUGAAGGGCGCCAGCGGCGAGUGGAGCCCGCUGCCCUACGAGCCGCCGCCGGACUACGACGUGGAGGAGAAGCCGCCGAACAGGCGGUGGUCGGUGGUGACGUUCAGCAAGGGCCCGCCGGAGAAGGCGAGGACCAAGAUCGAGAACGCGAACAUCAAAAUACCGAAGACGAAGCUGAACAAGCAGCUCGACCGGGCGAGGUCGCAGUCGCCCAGCUGGAAGAAGGAGCAGGCCAAAUCGAUUGGAGGCGAGCACAAUAGGCGCGUGACGAGCUCCAAGAGCCAUUACGAGCUCAUCGGUUCGCGGCUGAAAACGGAAAGAUCUCGAGACCAUGGACGCGAGCAACAAGAAUCUAUAGAGGAGUUGGAGGAAAUCGAAGAGGAGGAAAGCAAAUUCUGCACUUUACCGCGCGGAGGGAACACGUUUACAAUCCGUCAGGUGAUUUUUCAUAAAGGGCCCGAGUACAAACCCUUAGGAUUUAGUAUAGUCGGAGGCAGGGACUCUCCCAAAGGUAGCAUGGGUAUUUAUGUGAAGACGAUUUUCCCUAACGGACAGGCAGCUGAUAGUGGCACACUAAAGGAAGGCGACGAGAUUCUAGCGGUGAACAGCAAACCCCUUCACGGUUGUUCUCAUAAGGAAGCCAUCAAUGUCUUCAAACAGAUCCGGCAAGGGUCCGUUUUGCUUCACAUAGGUCGCAGGAUCACAAAGAAACAUCGAGAUAAAAAUUAUUAAUAUUAAACUCAGGUUGCUUUGUCCAGUUGGACGGGAGUAACCAGAGUCUAGAAGAACUCAAGUUUAAUGGGACUGUUUGGAAGUUCUUUUUCUAGUUUAAAUACAUUUUAAUAAUACUAAUCUUUCGAAAAUCGUUCCAUGAAAACUUCAUAGUCGACUGCUUUUUAUAAUACAUUGUGAGUACCAAAGAUAAUGGACGUUAUCAGCAAAUCUAUGCCUUUGCAUAAUUUAUUUUGAGUAACGUUGUGCGAAUGUAGCGUUAAUGGUUGUUUUAUAUUUGUAGUUUUUAGUUUAUUUGCAAUAUUCAGCUGUUCACUUUAAUGUAUUUCAAUUCAUAUUACGUAUAACCUUAACAUCACUUGUAAUUUAAUAUUAAUUUUGAGGAUUAAGGGUAGAAUGAUGUUAUAAAAUAUACUAUCAUCCAUUAAAUUUCAAUGUUUUUUUAUCUGUAGGGACUAUUUCAAUUUUGUUAACUAGUUGAUUUUAAAUUUUGUGAUAAAUGA